AUGAUAAAAAAAGGAUCCGAAUCGAAUCGAGCUUUAAGAAAGAAAUUAAACAAUGAUGUAACAAAUAUAUUGUUGCUUUUCGAAAAAGUACAAGAAUGGGCUGAUUUAAGUAACAUAUUACAAAAGCUAUAUUUAACAAUAGAAAAAUAUGAAGUUUUUUUAGAUAUAUCAUCAAAAUUUUUGUUAUUUAGAAGGUUAUCACAAUGUUUAAACCCAAUGUUACCAUCUGGAGUUCAUUCAAAAGCUUUAAUUAUAUAUGGAUCAAUAUUUAAAAAAGUUGAAAAAACUUAUUUUAUGGAUAAUAUCCAUAUAUUAUGUUCAGGAAUUUUUGAGUUUAUGUUACAUUGUACAAUUAGUUUAAAGACAAUAUAUUUUAAAAAUAUAAAAUCAAUUUUAAAUUUGAGAGAAAAUAUUCACAUGUUUACAUAUGCUCUUUUAUUAUCCCUUUUUAAUGUAGUAGAUAGUGAUAAUAACAUUUUACUUUAUAUAUAUUCAAUAAAUAAUUAUAUAGGGGAAAACAUAUUUUUUAAUAAUUUAUGGUUAUUAUUAUUAAGGCAUUCAGAAAUAAGAACAAAUGUUUUAAACUUUUUAGAAACUUCAUUUAGUCCACAAAUUUAUUUAUUAUCCAAAGAAAGAAUAAGAACAUUACUUCCUUAUAAAGAUGAAUUAGUAUUAUCAUCAUUAAUAUUUUCUUUAAAUGAUAAAAAUAUAUUAAAUCAAAGAAUUACAUUAAGUUUACUUAUAAAUAAUUUUCCUUUAUAUGAUGUACAAGUCGAUUUGAGUUUAUCUCAAAAUUUGAAUAAUGCUAGCCGAGUUGGAUUUAAUAAAGGAGGUCAAAUUAUAAAUAAAAAUAACAUAACAUCUUAUAAUGAUAAUUUGCGACAAAAUGUUUCAAAUAUUAGAAUAAAAGAUGGAAAUAUAAAUGUGAAAAGGAACAUAUGCUCUCAAUUUUCUGAAAGCUUUUCAACAAGCCAUUUUAAUAAUAAUAAUAAUGAUAAAAUUCAAAAAAAUACUUCUUUUGAAAAUGGAAAAAAAAAAGAAAAUAUAAUUAAUAAUGAAUUCCCCAAAAGAGGCAUAUUUAAUAUUAAUGAAAUUGAUAAAAAUGAAAAAGAAUAUAUUAAUACAAAAAUAGUUAAUGGCAAAUCUUAUAAAAAAAAUUUGAACAAAACAUAUUGUGAAGAAAAUAAAUAUGAUUCACCAAAUAGUAUUCUAUUCAAUGAAAUAAGUAAAAAAAUAAUAAUUCGAAAUGUAAUGUUUUUAUUACACAAAUCAGAUAUGGGAUUAAAUAGACGAAUUUUUAAAUAUCUAUAUAUGUAUGAAAAUAAUGAUGAUAAGCACAUAAAGGAUAACAUAAAUUUAGAAAGUUAUAAAAUUUAUUAUGAAACUAUUAUAGAUAUUCUUGAAAAUAAAUUUAAUGAUAAUCCAAUAGACAUAUUAGAAGUUUUAUUUAUUUUGUUUAAAAAUACAGAUUAUAUAAAUAUUAAUAAAUAUAUUAUGGAAAAAAUAUUUUUAUAUUUGUUAAAAUUUUUCUAUAAAAAUAGAGACAACAGCAAUAUUAAUGAAUAUUUUAAGAAAAUAUUAAAUAUCGAAUUAAUAAGUUUUGAAACUAUUACAAAUAUAUUUAUGUGUACAUUUCACUAUUUAAAAAAUGAUGAAGAACUAUUUAAGAAUAAUAUAAAUGCAUAUAUAAAAAAAUUUAUUAAUUUGUUAAAUAUUAUGACAUAUUUUCUUGAAUAUAUCCAAGAAAUAAAUAAAAAAUUCUAUUUUUAUUUUGUAUUUGUAUUCAGUACAACAUUACUAAUAUUUGUAAAUUUUUUAAAUAAUAAAUUAAUUAAUAUGAUUCAAAAUCAUUUAUCUAUGAAUCUAUUUAACGAUUAUCAUCAAUUUUUAAAUUUCAUUCGCUUAAUACCUGGAAAGGACGCUGCUUUAUGUUAUUUUCAUUUUUUUGUAAUUAAAUAUAAUAACUUUUAUUUACAAAAAACUCUUUUUCUAAUUAUUACUGGAAUAUUGUUUAAAGAAAUGGCUAUUCAUGAUAUAGGAGUUGUGAAUUGUUUUGCAAAUGAGUUAUCUAAUGAAAAUAAUCAAAACUUUGAAAAUAACUUUAAUUAUCGAUACAAUGUUGAUAAAUCAAAUAAUAUAAUUCAAUCGAGUUAUGAAAAUUGUCGAAGUGACAUAGAUAAGAAUUCUAAACAUGAAUUAUCAAAUUCUAUGAUUAAUAUAAAAAAUAAUGCCGAAAAUUUUGAUAAUAUUAAAGAAAUGAAAAGAAAUAAUCCUAAUUGUGAAUUAAAUGUAAAGAAUCAAAAUUCAAAAAUAGAGAAAAGUUUUGAAUGGGAUGAAAAAUUAAAAUAUGUUUUUAAAAAAUAUAUAAGUAAAUUAAAAUAUAAUUUAAUUGAUGCUAUUAUUAAAAAUAAAGAAUUUCAUUUUUUUACAAAUAAUUAUGAAUAUAUAAUAUUUUUAUUUUUUAAUUAUCAUAUAUUAAUAGAAAAAGAUAAAAUAAAUGAUAGUUGUAGUUUUUUUUUAAUCAAUAUUUUAAAAAAUUGCAAUAAAGAAAAUACAAAUAAGUUUUAUUUUUGGGCAUAUUUAUUUUUAAAUAUUAUUCGAAUUAAUUUUAACAAAAUCGUUUUAUUAAAUUAUAGGGAAAUUAAAACUGAGGAAAAAAAAACAUCACAAAACUCAACAAAUUCAAACCAAUCCAACAAUAUAUCAAUUCCAACAAAUAACAAUAAUCCUAAUCAAAUUAAAGGAAAAAAUAAACAAGUUAAUAAAGCAUAUUCAAAUGAUAAAAACAAUGGACAAAUCGAAAGGGAAAUAUCUUUUAAUUAUGAUAAAAAUUAUGAGGAUGAUAAUUUUAUUAUUAAUCAAAUUGAAAAAAAUAAAGAACGUAAAUUUAGUAUAAAUGAGUUGGAUAAUAUAAAAGAAUAUAUGAUAUAUGAUUCAUUUAAAAAUAAUGAAAUGAAAAAUCUUUUUGACGAUUUAAUAAAAUAUAAUGGGCGAAAUGGAAGUAGUAGUAUAUACUUUUCAUCAUUUCGAAAUUAUUUUAGUAAUGUUAAAUCGGGAGUUUUAUUUAAUAGAAAUUUUGUAGCAAACAUUUUAAUAUAUUCCAACAAAUUAGUAAAAUAUAUAUUUAAUUAUAUAAAAAUAUUAAAACAUAAUAAAUGUUUUAUAAAAUUAUUCUUUGAUAUAAAUUAUAUGUAUAAUUUUUGUCAUAAUCAUUAUUGCUUAAAUAUAUUAAGACAAUCUUUAAAAACAAAAGAUUCAGAUAAAUUAAUGCAUAAUACUAAAAUAAUUUUAGAAUAUAUUAUAAAUAAUAAAAUAAGUGAUUUUCAUAUUAUUCAUUCAAAUUUUUAUAAUUUAACUCAUAAUUUAUUUAAGCUUUAUCAAAAAAGAAAUAUAUUAAUAAACUUUUAUAUAGCCAAAUUUUUAAAAAGUAAUAAAAAAAAUAUACCAUAUAUAUUUGAUCACAUUAUUAUAAGCAUGUUUGAAUUAAUAACAUGCAUAGAACAAAUAUUUGAUAAAGAAGAAGUAGAAAAUUCAAAAAUGGCAAUUUAUAAAAACAGAGAUGAUAAUAAUGAACCCAUGGAUAAAUAUGAUAUAAAGAAUAAAAACAUUUCAAGAUGUAGUUUUGUGAAUAAUGAUCAUAUAUUUGGAAAUGAAUAUGAAAAUAGAAACCAAACAGAUUAUCGAAAUGAAAAAAUAGGCUACCAAAAUAACUUUUAUUAUUCCAAUAUCGAAAAUAGAGAAAAAUUUGAUAAAGAAUCUAUUCCAAAUAAAAUAAAAAAUAGACAAAAUAUACCUUGUGAUAUUCGAAAAAAUUAUGAAAUUGUUUUAAAUAAGUUAAAAUGUAGAUUUGAUUAUUUAAAUUUUUUUUUUUGUAAUAUUGAAAAUUUUAUGUUAUGGUUAUAUCAGCAUAAAAUUAGUAAAAAUAUUUAUAAUUAUAGAGAAAAAAUUAUUUUAAAAAAUUAUGAAGAAAAUAUUAAUAUUAUUGUGUGUUGUAUAUGUACCGAAGGGAAUAUAAGUUCUUUAUAUUUUAGAAAUUAUUUAGAUGUAUUCUUUAUAUUAUUUUUAAAAAUACUUUAUAUUAAUGAACGAAUUCAAGAUGUAAACAAUUUAGAUUCUAAUAUAAAUCUUAAAUCAAAUAAAACCAACGAACAUAAUGAAAUUAAUUAUUAUUCAGAUAACAAUAAAUUAAAUAAAAAACAAAAAAAAAAUAAUAAAAUUUUAUUUAAACAAAAUAAACUACUUGAAUUUAAAAGAGAUGUUAUUGAACUUAUUAAUAAAAUAUUUAAUUUAAAUGAAAAUAAACAUUUUGAAUAUAACAAAAUUUUGUAUAUAUAUUAUAAAGAAACAAUACAUCACUUUUUAUUUUUAUUUUAUUAUUUUACAAUUAAAAAAUAUUAUAUUUUACAAAUACAACUAAUUCGAUUUAUUAGGUAUGUUUUAUUUAGAUAUGAAAAUAAUGGUGAAAAGUUGGUUAUUUAUGGAUUUUUACCAUCUAUUUUAACAACUGGAAUUGGAAAUAAAAUUGUUUUAAAAGAUGAAGAUAAAGAAUCAAUAAAAAUGAAAGAAAAUAAAUUAUCAACAAAAUAUACAAACUAUGAUGAGUUUAUUAUAGCUAGUAAUAAUUAUUUUGAUAUAAUUAAUGCAAAUAAUGAAAAAAUAAAAAAUGAUGUAUUUAUAUUUAGUGUUUUAAGGAAAUCUAUGACAAUAAUAUUAAAUACAAAUGAAAAAGUAAUAUAUAAAGAAGUUUUAAAAAGUAUUAUUUAUUUAAUAGAAAAUAUAAUUACAGAAAGAAGUGUGAAAACAUAUUAUUUGACUGUAUUUUUUUUGGAUUUAUUAUAUAUUAUAAAAAUCGAGGAUAAAAAAAAAAAAAAAAACAUUUUUUUUAUAAAAAAAUUUUGUCAAUUUUUGUUAGAAAUUUUUAAAUUAAUAUAUAAAGAUGAAUUACUUAGUGAAAAUAAAAAUGAAAUUAAACAGGAAUAUAAAUAUGAUUAUAAUAGUAUUUCAAUUGAAGAAAUAGAAAAUAGCUUAAUGGAAAAUAAAGUGCCUAUUCAGCCUUUUUGUGUAAUUUUUUCUAUAAAAACUGAUGACAAAUAUCUGAAUAUGCAACAUAUAAAUAUAUCAACACUUUUUUCUGUUAUUUUUAAUCUUUAUGUUUUUCUUAAAAAGCGAUUAAAUUAUUAUUACAAAAAUGAUAAAGAUUUGAUCAAUUGUGACGAAAAUAAAAACAUUUCAAUAAAUAAUAAUAGUAGUAUAUAUAAUUAUAAUAAUAGUAGUAUAUAUAAUUAUAAUAAUAGUAGUAUAUAUAAUUAUAAUAAUAGUAGUAUAUAUAAUGAAGUAAAUAGUGAACAUAAUAAUCCAGAAAAUUAUAACAAAGAUUUAAAUCACAAUAUAUUUGACCGAGAUGAAAGUAUGGAUAAAGGAAAUGAUAAUUCAGUUUUUACAUUUAGUUAUGAUAUUGAUCCAAAAAAAUAUAAAUCAAAUUUUCAAAAUAAUAAAGUAUAUCAAACUAAUGAUUUAAUGAAUGACGCAUUAAAAGAAGAAAAUUUACAAUAUAAUUCUAUGGAAAAAGAAAAUAUAAAUUAUGAUAAAAUAAAUAAUAAUGUAAAAGAAAAUAAGUUCUUUGAUAAACACGACGAUGCAAAUUUUGACAAAAAUAUUAUAUAUAAUAAUAAUACAAACAAAGAAAUAAAUAUUAUUUACGAUGACAAUUCUGUAAAUAAUUUUAAGAUAAAAAAAAAAUUGUAUGAGUAUGAUAAUAUGGAAUAUACAUCAUGGAAAGGAAAACAUAAUGAAUACAAUUAUGAAAAUAAUAAAAAUUAUGAACAAAACGAAGAAGAUACAUACAAAACCAGAAAUAAUGAUAAAAGAAUAGACGAUUGUUAUUAUAAAGAAGAAAAAGAAAUACAAUCGUAUUAUGAUAAAAAAAACACAUCAGGAAAUUUUUUAAUUAACGAAUAUGAUUUAUCUGUUAAUGAUAAUCCAAAACAAGUUCAAGGUAAUAAAGUUGAUUUAAUUUAUGAAAGAAAGCAUAGUAAUAGUUAUCAAUUUUGUGAAAAAAACAUUUUUAAUGCAUCUCAAAAUGGUGUGGAUAAUGAAAAUAGCUAUACAGAUAAAAACUAUUUAAUAAAAUCAGUGCAUUAUAAUUCGGAUUGGAAUAAUAAUAAAAUGUUAGGAGAUAGAGAUGGAAAUCGAAAUUGUAAUAAUUUAAGUAAAUAUAAUAAUGGAUAUAUUUCAAGUUUGAAAAAAAAAAAUAAAAAAAUUUCACUAUUAAAAGUGUGUUUAAUCAACAUUAUUUCUAUUAGUAAAAUUACAUACUUUAUUACAAGAAAUGAAUUUUUAUUUAUAAGCAACUUGUAUUCACUAUUUAAAAGAAAUAUUCCUAAUUACAAAUCUGAUAAUGGUAAUGAUAAUGGUAAUGAUAAUGUUAAUGAUAAUGAUGCAGGUGGUGUAGAUAAAGAAUAUGAUGUGGUUAAUAUACAAGAUGAUGAUUGUGAAAAAAAAAAAUAUAAAACAAAAAUUGAAGCAAGCAAAUAUAGUGGAAGUGAGCAAAGUAGUAUUGACGGAAAUGGAACAUUUGAUGAAGAUGAUAUUGUAAAAAGAGAUAAAAAUAUGUUAAAAAAAUUAAAAAACAUGAAAAAGCAUGGAAAAAAAGAAAAUAAAAUUUUUUUAAAAAAAUUAAAUAAAAAAAAAAAAAAAAAACACAUUUAUGAAAAUAAAAAAUUAUCAUUAUUUUUACUACUAUUAACGGAAUUUAAUGAAGAUAUACUUGUAAAGAUUUUAGAAGAUAUUGUAAAUUAUUAUGAAAAAUAUAAAAAUAAAAUAAAUAUUAACACAUUUAUGUAUUUUUUAUUUAAUAUAUAUUUAAAUAUAUGUCAAUUAUCUCAAAAAAUUAUUAAUUGCUUUGUUGAUAUUUUAUUUUUGUUAAUAAAAAAAAUAACAUUAAAUUCUCAAAAUGUUAUGAGUAGUAUAUGGUUUUUAUAUAUUCUAUUUAUAAUUGAAAAAAAUCAUGCUUAUUUAUUUAAUGAUAAAUUACAGAAAAAAAUAAUUAUUGAACAAAUUAAUAUUGUAAUUCAAAUAUCUCUAUAUAGUUAUUAUGCAAAAAAUAUAAAAAAUAAUUAUAACAUUCAAUUACCAUUACCCAGUUUUGUAUAUCCAUUUAAUAUAUAUUAUAUUAAAAAUAAUUCAAACCUUGAUAUUAAUAAAUAUUUCAGAAAAAAAAAUGAAACAUCAAAAUUUAUUAACUUAAAUGAUAAUGACGAAAUAAAAAAAAUAAUUCAUAACUAUAGUUCUAAAUCAAUUGAGAGUCAUUUUAAUAUAAACGAUUAUUCAGAAAUAGCAGCGAUUAAUUCAUUAGCAUUUUUGUUAAUGUGUUUUUACCAUGCAGUUAAUGUUAAAAAUGCUGAAGAAAGCCAAAAUGAAUUUGAUAAUAAUUUACAUAAUAAAAAUGAAGUUAAAAAAAAUAAUGGAAAUAAUACAAUUGGAAAUAAUAACAAUAAUACCAAUAAUAACAAUAAUAAUAAUAAUAAUCUCGUAUCUAUUUCGAAUAAUACACAUUCUGGCGCAAAUAGACAAAUAAAUUCAGGAAAUAAUAAUUUAAACAAUAUAAAUCAUAAUUAUUAUAAUAAUAAUUUGAUAAAUGGAUAUUCUAAUAAUAACAAUUUUGUAGGAAUUGGUGUAAAAAGUUUUAUUACAGAAUCAGCAAUUAAUUUAUUUUAUGAAAAUUUUGGAAAGUAUAUAUCUUUAUUAUAUAAUAAUAAUAUACAAAACGUUUUUUAUAGAUAUCCAUUUUUUUUAAUUAUAAAUUUUUUAUUAGAUUAUAAUUAUAAUUGUAGAUAUUAUAUAAAAAAAAUAAUAUCCGAUUUAUAUUAUUGUAUUUCAAAUCUUGAUAUACGAUGCACCCAAGCUUUAUCAAAUAUUUUUAAAAAAAUAAAUGAAGCAAAUAUUGAUGAUUUAUUAUUACCACCUACUAGUAGCAUAUUUUCUCUCAAAUUUAAUAUUAUAAAUUCUAGAAUAAAUUAUAUUAAUAAAUUAUCAUUAAUUAUUUUAUCAGGAAGUUGGAAUUUUUAUUUGAAUUAUCUCCCAAAAAUUGCAGAAAAUAUAUCUGAAUAUUUAAAAUAUUGUACAGAUUUAAAAUUAUAUAGAGAAAUUUUAAUAUUAAUAUGUUCUAUAAUAAUACGAAAUGAUGAAAAUGAAAUUUAUAUAAUUAUACCUACUUUUAUUUCUUUAAUUUUACAAAUAUAUCAUGUUGAACGCAUUAAAUAUAAAAUAGCUAUUGAAAAUCUUAAAAAUGUUGACAAAAAUGAUGAUAAUUAUAUUUAUGAUUUUAACACAUAUGAUAAUAGUGAUGUAUUAUGUUUAUUAAGAACUUUGUUAAUUAUUAUUAACAUAUUAGUAAAAAGAAAUGUAAACUUUAUUAAUUUUUAUUCUUGGAUUUUUUUUAAAGACAUAUCUAUAAAAAAAAAUACAUUUUCAACACAUAAAGAUAUGGGUAAUUAUAUAACGCCAGCAGUUUAUAAUAAAGCAAUUAAUAAUAUGAUAAAAAAUCAUAUUUCAAUUCAAAAUUCACAUAAUAUUAUUGAACCUGAUACAAGUUCUAGUGAAUAUAAUAUUAAUAAAAGUGUUGAAACAAAUGGAAUAACAACAAUAAAUUAUACAAAAGAAGGUGUUGUUAUUGUUGAUGAAUCAAUACCAAAUGCUAAUUCACCACAAAUUGAAAAAGAUAUUAAACCAGAUAUAGAUAUCUCUAAAAAAAACGAAAUGCCAAAAAAUAGUAUGAAACAAAAAAAAAAAAAUAAUAUGAUUACUAUUUUUCUUAAUUAUACAGAAGAAAAAAUUUAUAAUUAUCAUUUAAUGGCAAAUAACAAAAAAAUCAAAAAUAACAAUAAUACAAAUAACAAUUCUAUAAAUAUUACUUCCAAUGUUAAUAAUAAUAUUGGAAGUAACAUUCCGAGUAUGUUAUCCUCACAAUAUACUAUGAAAAAAAAUUUAAUAACAAACAAAAAUAAAAAUGAUGAAUCAAAGUUUGUUGCUUUUCUAGAUAUAAUUGAACAAGUAUAUGGCCAUCAUAGUUCAGCAAAAAGACCAAGCCAAGAUGAUAGUAUAAAUGAAGAAGGUAAUAAUGAAAAUUCACAAAUUGUUACAAAUAAAGAUGAAAAUAAUUUAAGUAAUUCAGAUUAUACAGAAGACAAUGAUUCUAUAGAGAUGGGCCACGCACUUACCAGUAGUAGUGAUAAUAGUAAUACAAGUUGUAGUGGAUAUAAAGAAAAAUAUAAACAAAAUGAUGAUAAUGAAAAAUCUAUAAAUAUAGAUGAACCAUUUGACACACAAAAUCUUUAUUAUAAUAAUGAAAUAAAAAAUAAAAGUUAUUGUGAUCAUUAUCUAAAUGAAUAUAUAGAUGAUGAAAAAUAUAAAUCAAUUAAUGAUGAAACUUCAUCUAAUUAUAAUUUAAGCACAUCGUCAGGUAAUUCGACAAGUAGUAUUUUUUCAAAUCCCUUAAUAAAAAAUAAUACAAUAUUACCUGACACAUCUGGUGAUGAAAUAAUAAAUAAUAAUAUAAAUUUAGAUAAUACUAAUGCCAUGGAAUCUGCUUUAGAUAUUGAAAAUAUUGAUAAAGAUUCAAAUUCUGAUAUAUAUAACCAUCCUACCAAAAAUUGGAAUAAUGCUAAAUGCUUAACAAAUUACGAUAUCCAUGAUAUAUUAAAACAUACGAAAAAAAAAAAAAAAAAAAUAUCGAUACAUUCGAAUACGAAUAUACCUUUCGUUUUAGUAUACUUGGCUAAAAAAAUUAAAAUUAACUUUUAUAAAUACUCUAUGAAAAAAUCAAAAGAUGAGACGCUUAUUUUACUAAAAGAAUUGAACCCUGUCGAAAACGACAUCAACGAUUUGUUUUUAGAAGUCAACCUUAAUGCUAUAUAUUCCGACCUUUUAAUUAACUAG